GGUCAAUGUCAGCUGUAGUGACUUUUUACUUCUAACUCGAUUGCCAUACGGAACGUGUAUACAAGGGUAAAUUUCUCCGGAAAAACUUAAAGAAUAUACAUACAGCUAAAUCACUUUCUAUCACUCAUCAGUUGAAAGUAUCCGGCAGCAUAAUGCCAAACCCAUGUAUUUGUAAGGGCUUUUGGAUUUGCGAGAAAUUCUUGAAAGUCUUGGAGCAAAUGUGGCUGACCUUUGAUGAUUUAUACACAAAACACAUGACUUUACUUAUAAUAAUUGUAGUAUCUAUGAUGUCAAAUGCGAUUAUGAUAUACUGGGUGUACAAGAAAAAUAAGAAUAUUGAGGAGCUAAGGUUAAAGAUGACCCAUAAAUUAUUAGAGACGCGCCUACAAAUAGAAAAAUUUGUGGAUAAAAAAAUCGAACAGAGGAGUCGUAGGCGCCUUCUCGGCAACCCUGAUCCGGACAGCGAUAAUGAAUAUGGCGAUGAGCUGGAACAAGCUGUUUAUAAAUUAGUGGAAACUUUAGAUUUUUGUAACACCGCCUGGAGGACGGACUUAAAAUUCCAAUGAAAAAGUAGAAGAGAAACAACGCACUCCAAGGGCUAUAAUUGAAGUAUCUAAGAUUCCAGUUUCCAUAAAUCCAACUACUCGAACGCCGAAGCCAAGACUUUUUCCAAAGAAAUAAGAUGUCUUAUUUUUGUAUUAAUUCUGGUCAGCUUGUAAGAAUUUUUCACACUUUUCAAAAUUCUUCGAUAUUUUCGCCUCGCCCUCAUACUAAUUUUUACUGCUUCUCCUUAUGUGAUAAAUGACACAUUUUAAAUUCCUGUAAAUCUAAAUUAAAAUAUGGCACCCAAGAA